AAAGCAUCAGGCUUGCCUGGUGUCCCUUUAACAGCAAUGAAUAGGGUUCACAAUGUCUCAAAAUACCUCUUGAAGUGGAGGGACUUUCAAGGACUUUAGUGUAGUUCAGUCUUGCUGUGCGUGGCGUGCAUAUAUGUCCCAUACAACAAUUCCUGAAUUUUUGGUCAACAAUUCCUGGGUCACUGAAACACCAGAGAAUAUGGUGGUCAUGUAGCCCCACUAGUUAUAGUUGUAGUUAUGGUUGUAAUUUAUAUUCAUCCUUAAUGAAUGCCAUUAGAUAGAAUAUUACAAGAAGAGGAAGAUCAGGGCUAAAAGAAAACACAUAUAAACACAUCUGUUCAUGAAUUUGUAUAUGGUAAAUUUACAGAGGUGCACGGGAAUGCUGCAGAAAAACAAACCCUGAAGGAUGACAAAAAUGGGCUAUGUGGAUCCAACAGCUAGUCGCUCUCUCUGUUUCAUCUUCCUCUGUGUUUUCAUCAUGGUAGCACUGGGGCUGCAGAUGCUUCAUGUGGAGAACUACAUCAAAAGGGUGAAUACCUCAGAGUUGUUUAAGAAAUGGAGAAAUAUGCAGGUAUGCAAGUGGGAGCAGAACAAGGAAGAGACCAACAACUUCACGAUGUCUCUGUCUCAGUGCUGUAAUGCAUCCUCCUUCCUGUUCACCACUAAGCGCAACACGCCAUCAGGCACCAAGCUGCGCUAUGAAAUCGGUGGAUCCCUGGUCAUCAGCCCAGAGAUAUUUAAAAUGUUCCCUGAUGACAUGCCCUAUUCAAGAUCAGAGUUUAAGCGCUGUGCCGUCGUUGGGAAUGGAGGCAUUAACAUAAACAGCACAUGUGGAAAAGAGAUCGACUCAGCUGACUUUGUCUUCCGGUGCAACAUUCCACCUGUGUCUGAUAAAUACUCUGCCGAUGUGGGCUCGAAGACUAACUUUGUCACUAUCAACCCAAGCAUCAUCAUAAAGAGGUUCCAAAAAUUAGAGAAAUGGCGCAGGCCAUUCUACGAAGCCCUGCAGUCGUAUGGGAAUGCCUCCAUCGUGCUGCCCGCCUUCUACCAACGGAAAUACACUGACAGCAAUUCCUUUCGUGCCAAGUACGUGGUGGAUGACUUCAGGUCACCAGCUGGUGUGUUCUUCUUCCAUCCGCAGUACCUUCUCAACAUGCAGCUCUUCUGGAAACUGCAGGGAGUGCACGCCAACCGGCUGAGCACCGGCCUCAUGCUCGUCACCGCAGCCAUGGAGCUGUGUGAGGAGGUGCACCUGUACGGCUUCUGGGCCUUCCCCACGAACCCGGCGGGUGUCUCCAUCACGAACCACUACUACGACGACGUCAAGGCGAAGCCGGGCGUCCAUGCUAUGCCGCACGAGCUGCUCCACUUCCUGCACAUGCACACGCGAGGCAUCCUGCACAUACACACACAGCCCUGCAGCUGAUCACCCAAAACACUGAACGCAAUCAUGGGGCAACAUGGGCACACUCACAAACAUGUAUACACACACACACACACACACAGAUGGACACACAUACAAUGCACACGCAUAAACACACACACACACACACACAUACACAGAUGGUGUUGGAUGAGGCAAAAAUGAAAACUAAUAUAUAAAUUAUAACUAUAAGGCUAUAUAAAGUAUAACCUUGCUGAGAUGAGUGAUAUCAAAUUUGUAAUCCUGCUAUGAAAAUUAAUAUAAUCAAAUGUAUAAUCUUGUUUGGAUAAUGAAAGAAAUCGGAUAUGUCAUCCUGUUUGAAGCAUGUUUUAACAAGUGUGUUGUUAGUAUCAUUAAGACAAAAUCAUGUUUGUAUGAAAGAAAUGGAAAAUAUGUUGUGAUAAGAGAGGUCUAGGGUAAAUGAGUCGCUUCUAGGAGACAAUUGUGGUUAGGCUAGGUAACAGCAGACACAAGCUUUUUCUUAGAAAAUUCGAGAGGCUCGGGGACCACAGAGGGCGGGAUACUUAGAAACCUGUUUGAAACAACAUUGUUGCCCUAUGCAGGUGCAUUGUUGAACAGACCAUAAACAACCUGGUGGAGGUCAUCUUAAGGUCACACUGCAGUGCCUGUCUAGGACAGAUAGAAAUCUGCCAAUCACAUAACCACUUACCAUAUUUAGGUAUGGGUGAAUGACUAUAAAAAGUAAGGUGUGAGAGACAUCACUCGCCCGGUUCUCCUCGUUGACACUUGUGGUUGAGACUAGGCUAGAGUAGGGACUUUGCUAUUUUUUUCUCUCUUAGGGGAUUUUAAAACGUUUUACUUGGUACAUUUUUAUAAGUUGUUAUUUCAUUUCUUUUCAUGUAAUCCACAUUUUUAUAUUUCUAAUAUUUUGCUUCUUUUUCUGUAAUCCUUUUAUACUUAA